AUGGCCUCCUCAAGUGGGAAAGGUGAUAAAGGGUCAAAAUUUGAGACUUUGAAGCUUCUGGAGAAAUGCAGCAAGGAAAGAGACGACGCCAUGCACAGGGAGAGCGCUCUACGGGAGAAGAUGCGACAGUACGAGUCAAGGUGGCGCAACUCCGAGGCUGUGAAGCAGAAACUGAAGACCUUCACCGUGGACAACAAGGAGCUGAGGAAACAAGUGAAGGCUCUUCGCACUGAAAUCGGACUUGAGUGCAGCCCCAAGUUCAAUGGCAAGACCACGAAGGACAUAAUCGACGACCUGCACGAGAAGGAGCGCGACUGCAGCUCCUUGGUGGAGAAGGCCGGGAAGCUGAGCCUGACCAUCGACGAUUUGACAUCAGAGUUGGCCAAUACGGUCACUUCGAAAACUCUGUUGGAAGACCAGGUGCAGUCGCUGCAGCAGAACCUCAAGGACAUGACCAACAAUCAGCGGCGGCUGCUGAAGUUGUGGGAGGACAAGAAGUCGCAGAGGGAGCAGCUGGCCCUGCCGGCCAUCGCACAACGGCCCGUGCAGAAACCAUUUGUCGACAAAGCAGUGCAAACCGACAUGUCCGUCAGCUCGUCCCAGAAGCUCCCGCUCAACGCCUUCGAGACCAAGCCGUUCACCCGGGACAACGACAAGAAGACUCUUUAUGACAAACACACUUUCCCAACCUAUCCGAACGGCUAUCAUCACGACAAGAAAUCGUUUGUGUACGAUGACACGAAAGGGAUUCAGAACUGA